CCCUCCUCCCGAUGACGUCACCGCCUGAGUGGCUUUGUUUGUCUGCUUUGGUUCGAACCAGCAGACUUCCAGAGACGUCCACCGCAGCAGUUCACCUAGACCCGGUUCGUGUUCCGAUUCGACUCCUCGACAGUGAUGCCGGCAGACAGACCUUUUAAACAGCGGCGGACCUUCGCCGACCGAUGCAAAGAAGUCCAGCAGAUCCGAGAACAGCAUCCGAACAAGAUCCCUGUGAUAAUCGAGAGGUACAAGGGCGAGAAGCAGCUGCCAGUCCUGGACAAAACCAAGUUCCUGGUUCCAGAUCACGUCAACAUGAGCGAGCUGGUCAAGAUCAUCCGGCGCCGGCUGCAGCUGAACCCGACCCAGGCCUUCUUCCUGCUGGUCAACCAGCACAGCAUGGUGUCCGUGUCCUCCUCCAUCUCUGAGAUCUAUGAGCAGGAGCGUGACGAGGACGGCUUCCUCUACAUGGUCUACGCCUCUCAGGAGACCUUCGGCUGCUAGGGGGCACCUGAGAACAGGAAGGGAGCUACAGAACUCCAGGCAUCAUCCCACAGUGAGAUCUGGGUCGUGGCGGCGGGAUGCGUCGCUAAUCUCCUAAAACGUUUCUUCUUAAUUCCUCUCCAGACGAGCCCUUAUAUUUUUGGGGGGGGGGCUGGAGAGUCGGACGACUCACUUAGAAAACUAGUCGGCUCGUCCCCGCCACAUCUGUAAUUUAAGAACGUGUCUGCGUUUUGAUUUCUCAUGUUGUUACUCUUUCGAUCGCACACUUGUCAGCCUGAACUAGCGAGUCUGACAAUCUAACAGUCACUGACCCCUCGUACACUAGCUGCUCGUGCAAUAUUCCUUCGUCUACACUACAACCUACAAGCUCUCCUCUCUUGAACUCAACAUAGCUUUGACUCAACGUGACGCAGCUCAAAGGCUUCCCCCAGAAGGAAACUGAGCUUUAGUGACUGUGCUGCUGCGACUUGCAGUGCAGGUCAAGUCCUGCGAGCACAACAUAGCUGCGGAAGCUCCGCCCACAUCGACCCGUUAAAACAGUGGAGUUCCAAUUUCGGGUCAUGACAUCACAGCUCAUUUUAAACUGUAGACUGACCAAUAUGCACAACUCGCCAACGAAUAUUGGUAAAACACACCGAGGACUCGAGGUGGACACCCUGAGGCCAAAACCGUGUGGGCAGCCUGAAGGAUUGCCACCUAGUUCUCCCACAGGAAACUGCUCUGUGACUUCUUACAUAAUUGUUAUGUAAACUUUGCUAUCGCACUCGACCCAGAGGCUUAAGAUACAGAUUUCCAGGUGCUGUCAUGACCUGGAUUUUUAUUCUGAAACCCACACAAUCUGACCUGACUGUUUUAGACGUGAACUCACCAUUCUGCUGCUUUUGCACAAUAAAUCUGAAAGAGAAAUGAAGUUUGGAACUUCCGUUGUGAGUGAAUGAACUUGUUUCUGUUGUCAUUAUAAUAAAUGUAUGUCAACAUCCA